GUCCUGAAGAUGCAGCAGUUUUGCACGGGCGUCAAGCUGGUGGUUCUCCAGCUGUUGUCAAACUACAAGUCCCAUGAGGCAUUGCAAGAUUGACAGUUACAAGCAUGACUCUCAAAGGCAGAGGCAUGAUGGGACUUGUAGUUUGGCAGGCCACCAGUUUGAUACACCUGUUGCCAAACUACAAGUCCCAUUAGACAUUGCAAGACUGACAGUUACAAGCAUGGCUCCCAAAGGCAGAGGCAUGAUGGGACUUGUAGUUUCACAGCAGCUGGAGGGCCACCAGUUUGACACCCCUGCU